GCCAAAAAGCGACGAAGAAUGCGAGAAACGGAUCGGCCAAGCUGCGGAACUACUGGAAACGCUGGAGAAAUCAAUAAAAAUGUUCCAAUGGAAGCCUCAAAGAAGAACAAAGGAUGUUCCGGCGAAAAUCUCGGCUGAUGUUGGAUGAACGACGGAAAAAGGGAAAUUCCACGGAUUUGGCGACGAAAUUCUCCAUAAAAGAAGAGAAAAAGGACGAAAAGGACCAGAUGCUGGCCUGAAAAGACGUCGUAUAGAAAGGAACGGGAAAUCGGAGAACCAGAGAAGGUCCAACCGACGGAAGCAAAGAAUUCCGAGAUUGUGUUGUCCAGCGACGAGUCAGAGCAGGCAAGAAGACUUCACAAAUCGGAAAGAAAUUGGAGCACAGUCGGAUCGGGAAAAUUCGCCAGCGAUGAGCACAAGACGGCGAGAUAAAAGAAGAAUUAAAUAAUUCUAAAUAAAAAAUGUGUCUUCAAUAAAAAUUAAUUUAUUUAAAUAAAUUA